AUGAGUAAUCUAAGAGUGGUAAAUUUUACAAGCGAGAACGAAGACUAUAUGGCUUUUACCCCACAACAAACAACAAAACGUCAUUUAGAAAGUCAUAAUAAUUAUUUUCAAUUUGUUCAAAAACGUAGAAAAUUAAAUGAGGACUAUUUCAACUCCCAACUACCACCUAUUCAAUAUAUCGAAGAUAAUUCUAAUGUAAAUCAUUUACUAAAGCCACAAGAAAAAUUAUUAUCUCGAAAAUCUGUGGCCUCGCUUCCCACUCAUCGCCCACUGUCCUGCUUUGGUCAAGAGCUUUGUGAGGGCUCAUGCAUAUCCUUAAAAGUUUUACAAAAUAAAACUUGUUAUUGUUCGCCGCCGGAGCUAUGCUCCGGUCCUACUCGAUAUGGAAUCUCAGAUAAUGCAUUGCAUCAAUUUCAAAAUUCCGCAGUUUCAAUCUCUUCUAAUUUUCGUAUGAUUCCUGUCAACGUAAGCAACAAUACCGUUCGAAAUUUAACGGUUAAUGAUCACCCUGAUGCUCCAGAAAACGAUAAUCAAGAAUUUUCUAUUCUCAAUAUAAUUCCAUCUUUGAUAAGUGAAAAACAUCGAAAGGCCGCAUUUGUUGAAAAUUUAGUUGAUACCGCUUGUCUUAUCGUGGAAGUAAUUUGGGCAAAUUUUUCUGUUAGUCCAAGCGCAAAAAUUAUUACUCUACGUGUAUUCAUUCAAGAAACUUUGAGACGUUCACGUACCUCUUAUUCAACACUUCAGACUGCUUUAUUUUAUUUAAUCAGAAUAAAAUCUGAAAUUGCUAAAUUAUAUCGGUGUACUGAAUACUUACCAACUCCAACUUCCGAAUAUCCUCCAAAUGUGAUUCCAAAUUCCAAUCAAAAUAAUGAUCCGGCUACAUGUGGUCGGCGCAUGUUUUUAGCUGCUUUGAUUGUUGCUUCAAAAUACCUUCAAGAUCGUAACUUUUCGAACCGUGCUUGGUCUAAAAUGUCUGGACUUUCCGUUAAAGAAAUUAAUACCAACGAAAUCUGUUUUCUCAAGCUUAUUGAUUAUAACCUUUUCAUAGCUGAAAACAAUUUUAAGCGUUGGAGUAGUCUUUUACUAACGAAUAUCCAAGCUAUUUCAGGACCUGACAUGUCGAAUCCAGAAGCAUUCAGAAUAGCAAAAAAUAGAAGAAAGGUUGACAGAUUUCGUGAAACCUUAAAAUUGCUAGAUCCAAUGACCAUGGAAUGUGAAGGAUCAUAUCCAAUCACUCCUGCUAUCACUCCAACAGAUAGUGCGCCAGGAUCACCACACGAACAACAGCCUAAUAUGUUGAAACAGAUGUCAUUUACAUCUACUUUAUCAUCCACAUUACAGGCAUUGACUGGACAAAUUGCUGAUAUUCCUGAGCAUGUUCAGAAAUCAAAGUGGAGUUCACUCAAUUAUGAUGUUGGAUAUAAUUAUCAGUUUUUAACAAAUAAUAAUUAUGAAAACAACCUUGAAGGAUGUCAAGAUAGUAGAAUAAAAAGAAUUCUUGUUCGAUCUUUUGCAUGA